UUUGACGCGGAGCUUCACCUGAGAAUCUACCCUUCCCUUUCCCAUUCUCUUCCCCCCUCCUUCUCUCCCUCCUCUCCCAAACUCUCUGACUUGGCUUUCAUUUUACGGCCAUUUUACAGCCUUUUUGAUUCUCUUCUCCAACUCUGCUCGAGACCUCACUCGGGAUAUGAACGGUUGACUCGAUGCCACGAUGUCUGCCGUCUCAUGCCUCAUCCCAAUAGGUUCCAGAGCUCGCCCAACCUGCGACUACCCCCUGCGCAGGGCUUGGAUACGUGCUUCUCCGUCAAUUGCAGUUCCAUGUCUAAACCAGAGCCAUUCCCCUACAAUGCUUCCAUCCGAAGACUCGGUUCCAGACGUCCUCGCCCGUCCGCGGCGUCUAUAGCAGACCUUUUCGUCAGCUCGCUGGUGAUGGCAGGCUACUGUCGGGAGCACUCCCCUCGAGGACGAGGGCUGUCGACAAUGUCUGCGAAGACUUCGAGAUGUGAUAUGGCGAGAUGGCAGAACAGGGGGGUGACGAGUACGGGGCAUCUGUCGAAAAGACACCUAAAUUAUCCCGGUUCACCGGCGAAGUGCUUGGGGGUGGUACAUCGUCCACGGACACAACGGAUGUUCAAUUCUGGGAUUGCGCAGAAAUUAGAAGAUGACGAGAGCGAAGAACCCCGUAUAUCGAACCGAUCAAUAGGAAAGCCGUCGCCUGUUUUACAAUACAAAGACGCGAAAUCAGACCAACGUGAACACUUCGAAGGGAAGUUACCGCCACAUCAAUUUUUGGAAGAGUUGAAUCGCGAGUCGUUACCCGGUACCUCCACUCCUCCAGAGGAGUUGGAAUAUAUUGAAUCGCAUUUCGUUCCCAGUGUCGACGAAGUGUAUUCGCUUGGGACACCAACCAUUUCUCGUUCCCAUGGGAAGACGAGUCCGGCCAAAGAAUUACAUGAAGCUACGUCAAAACUAUAUCGUUCUGUCUUUGGGGAGACCUUAGACUGGAAACAGGCUGUUGACACGGUUGUUGAUGAUGGGCAAGUGAAACAUUCGUCAUCUCGAGAUGUUGUGCUUCAAAAGGAUAUUAAAAAAGAUGCUGUGGAACUUCAGUCAGUCGCGUUGUUCCUCGAAGCCAUGUGGGACGAAAAGAAGUCCAAUCAAUAUAUUUUUCGAUUAUACAGGGAACUCCCAUAUCCUGGAGUUUCGUACUUGUCAAAACGCUCACGAGGCGCCCUUUUACGUCGAUUUGCUAAUCCCCCAAACCGCCGAUGGGUUGAUGCUCGCCGCUACCUUGGGAUAAUAGAAGACAUGGUAGCUGCAAAACUGCCCGUGUCGCGGUCAUUGUGGAGUUCUGCUAUUCAUCUCGCCGGCCGAGCAUCCGGCAAAGUAUGCAAGAGAGAUCUGGUGAGGUCAAUUGGUCUGUGGCAGCAAAUGGAGCAUGUGGCCGGGGUCAAGUCAGACGCCGUUGUCUUUAACAUCCUAUUCGAUAUAGCCAUCAAAGCUGGUCAAUUCACAGUCGCGGACCGCCUAAUGGAGGAGAUGGCGAAACGCGAUAUUACUUUCAGUCGGCCCGGGAAAGUCUCCAAGAUGUAUUACUGCGGGAUGUUGCAGGAUGCGGAUGGAAUUCGCCGGACUUUUGAUGCAUUCGUGUCCAGUGGAGAGAUUGUUGACACAGUGGUACUGAACUGCCUGAUUGUAUCCUUUCUUCGUGCUGGGGAACUGAAGACUGCAGAGCAGUUAUAUCACCGCAUGAUGCAGGCACAGAACACAGUUGACCUUGAUCAUGAACAGAAGGCCCAUCAUGGCCCGAGCUUAACUUCGGAGUUUGUCGUUUAUCGCAAGAAGUCCAGAAAGCUCAAUCGUCUUUUACAGGCAUCUGCUUCUCUCAAGGAUCGACUACCCGAACAUCAUCGAGCUUUGCAAGAGGCCCUGCCGAUGACUCCUGAUACGCGGACAUUUCAUAUUCUCCUUUCUUAUCAUGCUUAUAAAUCGGGCGACUUGCACGCUUUUAUGUCAGUCGUAGGUGAUAUGGAGAAGACCUUUGCAAUCCCGCCUCGUGGAAUGCUUUAUCUAUUGCUUUUCGAGGGUUUUGCUUAUAAUGGCCGAAAGAAAAAGGGAUGGACUGCAGAAAAGUUGUGGAAUGCAUGGAGGGCAUAUCUUCGCGCCCUUUAUGAAUCAAAGAAUAGAUUCAAUGACCGCUUUCACCUUCGGACAGCAAAGCUCGUUUGGGAGAAUCCGUUAGGGAAGAGCGCUACGUCACUGGCCACACAGACUCCAGAGCUGCCAAGAAUCCCGACUGGUUUGUAUACCCCGUUGCCAUCCGGGAACUCUGAGGCAAAGACAAUAGCCGAAGAACCCCACAAAGAGCAGGUGGGCGAGCACGACAGAGCAAGCAACGAAGACCCCGACGAAUUGAGUGCCAAUCAUGACACAAGCGACUUUGAUGAUGACAUUGAUGCAGACGAUUUGUUCAGCUAUCGGGGCCGUGACCAGCAUGCCGAGGAUAGUGAAUUGGAAGGACUAGAACGCCAGAUUGAGAAUGGUGUAUUCCUAGGCCGCCGGAUGAUUAUCAUCAUUCUUCGCGCAUUUGGUUCAUGCUGCGGACCUAAAGAGGUCAUGGAAGUCUGGCUGCACAUCGAGCGACUUUGGCAACCCAAGAGGCGCAAAGCGCUGGACGUCAUGGCUGUGAAGGAAGAGCUGGAGAAACAGAUAAACAGAGGCAGUAGGAGAUACUAGAGAAGCCUGACUGGAUACGACCUUCAGUGUUGUGCAUGUACAUUAUAGACCUGUUUUAUAUACCCUCCAGGUGCAAACCAGUUGAUG